CAUUUAUAUAUAUAGAUAACAAGCUAAGCUCACAAAAAAUUUCAAUCGAUCUGAAGAAUGAUGGGUUUUUUGGGCAUGAGCUCUCCGUCUAGAUGCUCUGGUAACACCACUUUAUAUACAUACAUACUUUACAUAAUCCCUAAAAGUACUACAUAUAUACUAUAUGCACAUUUUGGUUUGCGUUUUAAGGUUUUCGAAGCUUUCGAAAGGGGAGAAGUAAUUGAAAUUAAUUUACAUAUCUAUCUGGGAGAAAAAGUGUAUUUUCAAUGUCGCUGAAUCACCAGAGCAAAAAGUGCUACGUACCGAAUGCAUUCUGUAAAAAUAACGAACUAUUUUAAACUGAUAAACUUCUGCCCCUCCGGCUGCCGAAUUUUCACAAACAGCCGAAAAUUCAUCUCACGAGUGUCAAGUACGGAAAAAAUGAAUACGCUCCGGCGCUGGGAAACUUGGUGCAGCUGAUUCCAGAGUAAGAGUUCAUUUCCACCACGCCUUAACUGCAGUUAAUGCCUAUGGGAAAAGGAAAUUAAAACAGCUCUUGGUGAAAGUGGGCUAUAAGUUACCCGAGUCCCACAGUUCUCAGGACGUAAUGAUGAGAUAGAGAAAAUCUUAUUGGAAUUUUACUAGCAUGUAUGAAUACUAACGUUUAGGCGUAGUUUGAUUAAGGCCCAAAAAUGGUCGCUUCCCUAAGUUUAAAAAAUCAACACCCUCAUUGUUUUCAAUAUGCCGGUUCCGCUUAAUGAUGCGUCAAAUUUUGGUCACCGUAAACUAAGCGAUAACGAGAAUUAUGAGCUCCUUGAAUGUCCGUGGGCACCGGAUGCUGCUUUUACAUUUCCGCCUUCGACUAAACGUAAUUUGACAUUUCAAUUAUCAUGUGUUAAAAUGUGUCAAAGGCAUUUUUUCAAUGUACCUACGGAGCAUAGUCCAACACCAUUCCUAGACGCUCCUGAUGUUUGCAAUCAAUCACUGUACCUAAAGGUAUACCGAUUCUUGCAGAUAGGGCCAACACUUCCUGUGACACUUAUUUCCAGUGAACGCUCCUUCUUAAGCUUGAAUCAAAUUUACGAAGUAAAACUGGGGAAAAAAGAUUAUAUGGUUAAGCUUUACUUAGCAUCCACAGAAAUAUAG